AUGGCCUUCGGUAGAACCUCAAACGUUGAAUCUUCACCAGGCAAGGCACCAUUACGUGGUAGUUUUCCUCUAGAUCACGAAGGCGAAUGUAAGUCAUACAUAAAAGAGUAUAUAAAAUGCUUAAAAGAGAAUGCCAACAAUAAUGGACUAUGCCGUCAAUUCUCCAGAGCAUAUCUUCAGUGUAGAAUGGACAAAGGGCUGAUGGAUAAAGAUGACAUGAAUAACCUCGGCUUUGCAGACCUG